CCAUAGAAUAGUGUGGCAGUGGCUCUAAAAUACCUGUUACGAACUGCUUUUUUCGGUGGCAGUGCCGCUAGCUCAGUCUUUUCUCAGGGCAGAGUACCCCUAAUGCCACAGCUCGCAACAUAAGUAUAGAUAACUUCACGGUCUCACAUUACUAAACUAUCGGUCAUCACUAAUGACAAAAACGUAAACAAACCAACAAAACUACAAAUAAUGACGGAAAAAUGGAUUACAUUUGGUGGCUAUCGGUGACCUAGCCAAGCGCUCCCACCCACCCAUGGGUGCCCUCGAGAUGCUGCAGGGCACCACCCAUUCUCUGUCGGCAGGACUACGGCGACUACGGCGGUUCCAUCUCCCCCACUGGGAAUGUUUACUCACACAUUGUGGGUUUGACAAAGGUUUAAUAAAUAUCCCUUUAAGACCGAAACCCGAGAGGAGGAUGACGCGGUACGCCGGAACGGACUCACCGGGAAAUGUUGACGUCGUCGUCGACUGUGAAAGGCUCCUCUUGCUGGUCGCUGAUACGGGUCGAACGGACACCGUUUGCUGGGCACCCAAGUCGGACUCGCAGCUGCAUCUGCCUUGAUUGUUGGACAGUAUGGCCGCGACUAUCACGAUAUCUGCUGAUCAUCGCCCCCGCCAUAUUACAUGGCCUCUCUCAGCAUUGGGUCAUUGGAUACAUGGGCCAUUUGAAGUAAUCCCAGAGCGAACCGUCAUUAAUCUUCAAAUGGCCAAAUCGCCCGCCAGACUCAUCCCGCUGCUGCAGCUAUCGCCCUAUCGACCUAACCUAUCGAUAACGUCGCUCCCACUCGACUCCAAUUGCAACAUACCAUCUGGCCAGGAAAAAAAUACUCAACUCCUAGCCGAGACAGCCACCUGUAUAUUUUGGUAUAUUCCCGGCAUAUACCAGAAACUUCGAGAGUACGGUCUCGACAAAAUGUUGGCAGCAAUAGUCGAGACACCCUCCUAACAUUCGCAUAAGACCGUAUUCGAAAAGGUAUAAAUAGCAGCCAACUUUAGUUCGAUGAGUUUUUGACAAACUGGUCACGCUGAGAACAAAAGCAAAAGCAAUUCGGAGAUUUCAUUAAAUUUUCACUUGUGAAUAAAACGCGGAAAAACACAUAAAAAACCAAAGAACUGAGUUAAAAAAAGCGGUACACGUCGAGAGUGAAGUGCAAAAAGCAAAGUAAACGAGUUGAAAGCGAGUUUAAUACUCUGUGAAAGCCUAGCGAGCUGUGAAAUUGUUAAGGCUGCUGGUCACUAUAUGUCCAGGUCGCGUUCAUCCGCCAAAGCCGUGCAGUUUAAGCACGAAUCGGAGGAGGAGGAGGACGACGAGGAGGAGCAGCUGCCUUCCAGGAGGAUGCACUCGUUUGGGGACGCGGGCGCCAUCGGGAGCGGGGUGCCGGCCUUUUUGGCCAAGUUGUGGCGCCUGGUCGACGAUGCCGAUACCAAUCGCUUGAUCUGCUGGACCAAGGAUGGCCAAAGUUUCGUUAUACAAAAUCAGGCGCAAUUUGCCAAGGAAUUGCUGCCCUUGAACUACAAGCACAACAACAUGGCUAGCUUCAUCAGGCAAUUGAAUAUGUAUGGAUUCCACAAGAUCACCUCCAUUGACAACGGAGGGCUGCGUUUCGAUCGCGAUGAGAUUGAGUUCUCCCAUCCCUUCUUCAAGCGCAACUCCCCCUAUCUGCUGGACCAAAUUAAAAGGAAGAUAUCAAACAACAAAAAUGGGGACGACAAGAGUGUGCUGAAGCAGGAGGCCGUGUCGAAGAUCCUCAGCGAUGUGAAGGUGAUGCGCGGACGCCAGGACAACCUGGACUCGCGCUUCUCGGCCAUGAAGCAGGAGAACGAGGUGCUGUGGCGUGAGAUCGCCAGCCUGCGCCAGAAGCACGCCAAGCAGCAGCAGAUAGUUAACAAACUGAUCCAGUUCCUAAUCUCCAUUGUGCAACCAUCGCGCAACAUGUCCGGCGUCAAGCGCCACAUGCAGCUUAUGAUUAACGAUACGCCCGAGAACGAUCGUGCCCGCACCACCAGCGAGACGGAGAGCGAGGGCGGCGGCGGCCCGGUCAUUCACGAGCUCAGCGAGGAGUUGCUCGACGAAGUGAUGAAUCCCUCGCCGACUGGCUACGCCGCAGCAUCGCAGUAUGACCAGGAGAGCGCCUCUCCGCAGGCCGUCGAGCGCCCACGUUCAAAUAUCAGCAUAAGCUCGCACAACGUUGACUACUCUAAUCAGAGCGUUGAGGACUUGCUUCUCCAGGGCAAUGGAUCUGCUGGCGGUCAUCUUUUGGUCGGCGGAGGCGCUUCUCCGCUUGCCUCCAGUGUGAGUCAGUCGCCGGCCCAGCAUAUUCUCUACACUGUCACCGAGGCACCCGAUUCCCAUGUCCAGGAGGUGCCCAACAGCCCGCCCUAUCACGAGGAGCAAAACGUGCUCACCACGCCCAUGGUGCGGGAGCAGGAGCAGAAGCGUCAGCAGCUCAAGGAGCAGAACAAGCUUAGACGACGCGCUGGAGAAGAUACGAUCGAUCCCGCCCCAAUUCUGGUGGAUGAAGGCCUGCCCAAGGUGCAGCGCAAGGGCACCCAGGUUAAUGUACAAUCUGAUGUGAUGGUCCAACCAAUGAUUAUCAAGGCCGAGCCGGAGAACAACUCUGGACUAAUGGAACUCAUGCAUCCAGCAAACUCUGAUCUGUACGAUGUGAACUUCAUCAGUGAAGAUAUGCCGACGGACAUUUUUGAAGACUCUUCUUUGCUCUCUGCUGGCGUGGAGGAGGCAGCCAAGCUGGAUCAGCAGCAGAAAUUUGGACAAUCGACCGUGAGCAGCGGCAAGUUUGCCAGCAAUUUCGAUGUGCCCACCAACAGCUCUCUGCUGGAUGCGAAUCAGGCCUCGACAUCGAAGGCUGCAGCCAAGGCGCAGGCCAAUGAGGAGGAGGCCAUGACUGUGGCCAAGUACACGGGCAGCGAGAAUGGGUCCCAACAACGAGACCCCAACAACGGUCAACUACUGAGAAUCCCUUCAGUGUUAGUAGACAAGAAGCAUUCAACAAUCAACCAGAACAGCCAUAAUCAAGAGGCUAAUUCUUACUGUUGCAGUGAUGACCUCCAUGGACACUUGGAUAGCAUGCAAGAUGAGUUGGAGACACUGAAGGAUCUGCUGCGUGGCGACGGGGUGGCCAUAGAUCAGAACAUGCUUUUGGGUCUCUUCAAUGACUCCGAUCUGAUGGACACCUAUGGCUUAUCUUUUCCCAAUGACAGCAUAAGCAGUGAAAAGAAGGCACCCAGUGGCUCAGAACUGAUUUCCUAUCAACCCAUGUACGAUCUGUCCGACAUUCUGGACACCGACGAUGGCAACAAGGAUCAGGAGGCCAGCAGACGUCAGCUGCAGACGCAGAACUCGGUUUUGAAUACGCCACGUCACGAGUUGUAACUUAUAUUAAGUAGUGGCAGCCCAGGCGACUAUCUGGGCGAACCAUUUGUUUUUAGUUUGUAAUGGAAUCAAUCUUUAAAACGUUAAUUUUCUUCACUUGCUCUGUCUAACCCUUCAGUUGAUUCAUACCUAUAAUCAUAUUAAUCACCGUAAUCAUAUUAAUGAUGCUGUAUAUGCCUUACGCACUAUAUAUAUGAUAUAUAGACUAACCAGUUCUUGUUGUAGAAAGACUCGAAGAAUCAGCUAAUAUUUAGAUGUAUUUUGUAUCCGGGGAUUUUGCGGGCCUCGGCUCAGGUAGAAGAUUUUUAGUUUGCACUAACCGAUCGAGAGGAUUGAACACUGCUCGGAUCGUGGACGAUUUAAGAUCGCACUUUUAUUAAUCUAUAAUAAAUUGUUUUAAGCCGCGUUAAGCUGCAAAUGAAA